UUUUAAUGUACUAACAGGUAAUUAGUUCUAUCCAACAGAUUCAAUUCACUAGAUAUCAGCGUAAAGAUAUAAACAAUUAACAUGCGAUUUGCAAUUAUUUUAGUCGUUUUAUUUAGUCUUGGAUAUGCCACAAAAGCAGCAUCAUCAAGCAAUGGGGUUAUCGAAGCACUUAUUAAGAUAGCAAUUAUUUAUGUCGAGACAUUAUUAAAAAACAAAGGAAGUAUAGAGGUGCUAGGAAAUUCCUCAAUUUCACUGGAUUUUGGUAUGAAAUCAUUCAUAGAUGGUACCUUCAACUUUCAAACUCUAGAGGUGUACGGUUUGCAAGGUUUAGAAGCGAAACAGGAGAAUCUCAACGUAACUAUUGAUGACAAUAAACUAUCUCUGUGUAUUAAUAUUAAUGCGCCUACUGAACUGGGAGUUAAUAUCUCAAAUUAUGCAGCUGAUAUUGCCUUAGUUAAUGCAAUUCCAGUUUAUGGUAAUGGUGACAUAAAGCUUGCCGUAAGAAGAGUUAAAGUGAAUAUAUGUACAAACAUAUCGCUCAGCUCCCCAAUCCAGCUUCAAUCGUUAUAUGUGAGACCCGAAUUCAGGUCAUGUCAGGUAAACAUUACUGGAUUUUGGAACAAUGACGAAUUAAGUAACAUCCUCACUGAUGCUUUCUCUUUAUUGGAAGGUAUUAUAUUAACGUUCUGGAAUAGUGAGAUUGAUUGCAUCUCCUGUCUGUUAAGUUCUACACUACAAAGCAUCGUUAACGGAGUAUUAAAUCAACAAGUAACAAUUCGUAGUGUCUCAGAUUACAUAUCCGUUAUGGAAAACUCAUGCCAGGAUGCAUGCGGAACAUCAGAAAAUGAUGUAAUAAAGAAGAUAUCUAAAGGAGAAAUGUCCCAGAGUUUACAAGCAUUGACUGAUGAAGAUUUAAAGAUCUAUAUCACAACAUUUGCAAAAUUUGCAGAAGAGUACUUAAAUCAAGUGUAUACAGAGUAUUCCAAUUAAAAUUGUUUUUAAUAUA